AUGGAAAUUGCGGAAAAUCCAAAGAUGGAUUUUAUUGGAUUGCAAGAAAAUAUGGCGACCACCACCACCGCCCAGAAAAUCUCAGUCGUUGAUCACAUCAACGGAUUCCAAUACGCUCCCGAAAGAUCCGAUAACUUUGUUAUCGACAUGGAAGAAAGCUACUCCAAUCCCAGAAUCACAUUGCAGAGGAGCCUUUCCAGAAAAGGGUCCUUUCGUGGCGGCGGGCAUGGAGGGAUCGAGAAGAAGGUCAAUACCAUUACCAAUGGCUCUGUUUCACAAGAGAAGGAACCCGCGGUUGCAGCGGUGACUUCCCCCGGAGUUGGGCCAGGGGAAGGAGAAGGAGGAGAAAGAGGUUUGCUGGUAGGGAGUAGCACGCCGGAAAAGGGAAUGGUGGAGGGACAGGGGCAUCAUCAGAUCACUAUUACCUCUGCCGCCGGCAGCAUCAAAGCCACCACCGCUGUCGAAGGACGAUCCACGAUGAGAAGGAACAGUUUCAAGCGGCAUCAGAAUUCAUGGCUGCUUGAUCCCAGAAAAGUCCUCUUCUUCUUUGCCACCUUAUCUAGCAUAGGGACACUGUUGCUGAUAUACUUCACACUGUCGAUCGCCGCGGUCCAGUCUGACGACGCUGCUGCCCUCGAAUGA